UUUUUUUGAAGGUUAGGUAGGACUGAGAGAAACGGAUUCCUUCCCCUUUAAAUCUCCACUCCCGUGAUGCUCUAUUCUGACGUCCACGUUUUUCGGAAAUGGCUGCUGUUGGCGGUUGGGGUAAAAGGAUCUGUAAAACCAGCUGGCUGCCUGCCCUGCAACUUAUCCGUCAUGGCUCCAAAUCUGUCACACGUCAUUGGAAACCGAUGCACAUUAUGAGGGAAAAGUUGAUGGCAGUGACUGAAUAUAUCCCACCAAAACCUCUGAAUUCAGAGACCUGUAUGAAGCCCCAUGCCAUUCUUGCUAAAGAAGAGACUGGCUAUGAAAGACUGUUAUUGCGUCAAGUGAAACAAAUAUUCCUUGAGAAUAAAAUGAUUGUUGUGUGCCAAUACAAUUAUAUUCCUGGAAAUGAUAUGGUAUUAUUCAGGCAUCGGCUGCGAAAAUAUAAUAUCCAUGUCAAAUUUUUUCCCAAUAAGAUCAUGAUUCCCUUUCUUUUGGAAUCUAAAUACAAGAAUCUCCUCCCUCUAUUUGUGGAACGCAACCUUCUACUUGUCAGUAUGGAAACAAAGGCUCGGGAAACACUACAAAUCCUGAAGCGUGUGCCACAGAUUAAUAUGUUAGGAGCUUGCAUCGACAACAUCAUCUUAAGCAAACAAGGCUUUGUAAAUUAUGCUAAGCUGCCAUCUAUAGUAAUUGCCCAGGGAGAAACUGCAGGUGUAUUCUCACUCAUGAUGUCCAACACUAGCAGAGUUCUGCAGCGUAGCUCUGUUCAUCUCAGUUCGUUGCUGGACCAAUAUGUUCAACAGGAAAAUGAAAAAGUUGAAGAAAAAGCGGAUAGGAACAUGAGCUAAACUGGAAGCAAUUUAAUUCUUCAGUGUAAAAUGGCCAUGUUUACUUCAUUGCAUGCCUGUGAGUUUGUGGGAGGGGUUAAUUAGUAUGAUUGAUAAAAUUCUAUCAGCUAGACCACAUAGAGAAAAAAAGCUGCAGAGCUAGACAAUGAACAAGGAAUUUUAUUGACUACUUAUAUAAUAGUAUACAUUUGUGGAAUUUUACUGUAUAUGGAAGAUCAUAAGUAUUAUCAUUUAAAUCAAACGUGCAGGUGCAGUACAUUUUUAAUAUGAACAUUUUAUUAAUUUGCAUAAUUUUCUGCUUUAGAUUGGGUAAGAAACAGACUUUAAUAGGAGCGUAUGUAUUUAUUUUAGGCUGUUUAUCAUAACUUACCAAAAUAGAUUAGUUUGACAAAGUAAGUUUUAAGAACUGAAUUAAAAACAAAAUAAAAACAAUCUUCCAGGCCAUUCAAAAUAAAAUAAUAUUGAAAACAUGUAAGUUAACAACAAACUAUUUACUCUUGCACCAAACUGCACAUAAUUUUUAUCAGUGUUUUUAAGAACCUAGUAUGAAUAAUAACUUUAUUCUGUGAUGCCAACCAGCUGUUCUUGAAAGGGCAGAUUUUUUCCCACUUAUGGUACAUUAUUAUAUGAUAAAUGAAUAGAAAUUACAAUAAUUUUAGUGAGAAAUAGGUUGUUUUGCAUCACUUUCAGAGUUUAGUUAUUUGGGAGGGGAUUCCAAUUGUCAGGUUCAAUUAAAUUAUACAAUGUAGGAUUAGAAAAUAGUGUUAGAAAAAAAAUAAAGGUUGAAAUAGUUUGCUGAAUAAGAAAACUUUUUUUGACAUAAGCAUCUUGAAUAUAUAAGAAAACAUAGAAAAAAGAUACAUAAUUUUUUGUUAUAGUACAAUGUGUUUGAAUAGAAAUUACUCAGGAUAAAUAAAGCAUGUAUGAUCAGCAGAUAGCCAUCCAUUGCUUUCCAUCUUUUAAAUGCUUGUGUAGGAUGAAUGUCCUUAUUUGGUUAAAUAACCAUUAAAAUGCUUCAGAAAUGUGGAUUCAUAGUAGUUAUAUGUAAUGGAUUUUAGCUUAAAUUAAGCAUGUAUAAUUAUUAAGGUAGGGAAAUAAAUAUGCUUGUUUGCAAGAUAUUUUAUAAAUAAAAAUGUCUUCAAUUAUCUAAAUGAAAUAAUCCUGAGAUCAAGCUGCAUUGUCCGCUAAGAAGAUUUUUAAAUUUAGUAAUUUAACUAAAUUUAGCAGACAAUGUAGCUUGAAUAAAAUAUUUUAUUCUGUUUUAAUAACAUUUUCUCAGGAAAUAUGAAAAUUCAAGAUAUGAUAUAAAGUUUGUGUCUUCCUAUGAUAUUAAUUAUUGAGUUGAAACCAUGCUUAGCCUGUUUCUGAAUAAAUGACAACUAGCUUGG